ACGCGCGCGCACAACACAGCCGACCCUUCCGCCCAGGCCCCGGCCCCGGUCCGUUUACGCCCCAUCUUCUCCUCGCUUCAGUGAGGAGCUUCCAGCCCGGCUCUCGGUGAGAGGGGCCCAACCGAGAAAGCGCUUGGAGAUGCUCGACGCCAGCCUGCCCCGAAUGCUGUUUGAGUUUGAGCUGAGUCUGCAGCUGCUGUGGGAGCGGUCUUCACCUUGAGCGGUCUCCUCUGGCGUUACUGGAUGUUGCUGAGAUGGAAAACAAGAAGGAGCCUCCCUUUUUCAAUGAGGAUAACUCCGGACCAAUAAGUUACAAGCUCCCAUUUUACGAGACGAUGGAGCUUUUCAUCGAGACGUUGACUGGGACUUGCUUUGAGCUGCGUGUGUCACCAUUCGAGACUGUGAUUUCAGUGAAAGCCAAAAUUCAAAGAUUGGAAGGUAUUCCUAUAGCACAGCAACAUCUUAUCUGGAACAAUCUGGAAUUGGAGGACGAGUACUGCUUACAUGACUAUAAUAUAUCAGAAGGCUGUACUCUUAAAUUGGUGCUAGCCAUGAGAGGGGGACCUAUCAAUACUAGAAGGGUUCCGAUGGAUGAUCAGACCAGGGAUAUGGCUGAGUACAUGGAAGCUGCCCAAGAUGAUUUCUGGGAUAAGAUCCCGUCCAACAAGCAAGUCACGUUUCUCGUGUACCGUGAAGGUGACCAGCUGAAUUUCUUCCGUGUUGUGGAUCGAGGGGAUGGCACUUUAACACCACUCUCCGAGUCUCUCAGUGGAGGUUCAGUCUUCAACUUGUACACUGAGGAUGAGGAGGAUGCAGAGGAGUCACCAUCUGGACAGCAAAUCUUGGAGAAUUCAAUCACUAUGAAUAAAAUGAAACUGCUGAAAGCUAAAAUGGAGAACAUGAACCUUACUAAAAAGCCCAAGAAAAUUACCAAGAUGAAGCCAAGACCUCCUAUAGCUCCCCGGCCUUCCAGCGGCUCGAUCACCACCGCUCGCCACCGCCUGCUGCGGGUUCUCCCACACAACGGACAGUCACUAAAUCGUGCGCUGUGCCUACCUCCAGUUGGGGACCAGCGGCUGGUUCUACCCACCCAUAACCUAUUGGCUUCCAAUUUUGCCCCUGGCGUCAGCUUAGCCUCGUCUUCCAGCGGCUUCUCACUGAAGGAAGACGAGAACGCAGACUUGGCUCCUCUGCUCCACAAUAACCUGCCGUCUCCAGGCAUUGUUCUGACAGGAGAACUGAGGCAACAGAAGAUGCUUCCCCCGCUUAUUUCUCAGGAGACUAAAGGGGCCGAGAUCACCUCUGCAGAUCUGUUAGCAGACUACACGGAGAGUGGCUCCCUGUUGAAGUCCCCGGCUCCGGCUGCGAGCCUCCUGGAGGAGUUGAGGGUGUCUGACACGGCCGCUGCUCUGUUUUCCUUGUCUGAGAAUGGGGAUAAAACAGAGAAGCCCAAUGAAACCUCACUUGAAAGCCCGCUGUCUGAACAGGCAAAGACUGAGACAAAGGCAACAGAGAGGGAACUUGCUGAACCAGCUCUUCGACCAGUCUUUCCAAACGCAUUGGCCUGUGUCCCAAUACAGCCUGGCAAAUCUAACAUCGCUCAGCUAACUCCUAAAGAGAAUGUGGUGUCCCCCACAUGGUAUCCUGCGCAGAACUCUCCAAAUUCUUUAAUCAGCCUUGCCCCAUCACAAAGACCCUCAAAGACCUUUGAUAUGAAUAGCCUCAGACCUCACGCUUCACAGCAUUUGCUGCACACAGCACUGGAUAUCAAUGGCUUCCCUGACAACACGAUGUCCAAGACCUCUCGGUUUCGAGGGGUCAAGGUCGAAUCUCCUGGGAAGAAACCAGACAUUAUUUCCAAGAUGGAGGCGCGGGAAGUGACCGAGAUGGCAAACAAAUCAACCAAAGAGCCUUUGGGCUCUUCAAAAGACAUUGGAAUGUUUGCUUCGCUGGCACGAAGCACGUCUCGGGACGGAAUGCAGAACGGCUGCGGAGGUGGGAGGCGGAGGACAGGGGGCGUGGCUCUGGCAGCCGGUGUUCAGAAUUUUCACGAUGAAAUCUUCAGAACCAUCCCCUCGCCAGACCGAGUUCCCAAUACAUUUGUUUCUUCCCACGCACUUUGUACAACUGGCAGAUCGACUACUAUGGGCAGAAGAAUAGGCACCCCUUCACAUCAUUUUCCACCAGUCAAGGCUUCAACCCAAACUAAAAAGAAAAAUGCCAAACACUGCUUUCUUUGUGGGAAGAAAACUGGAUUGGCUACCAGCUAUGAAUGCAGGUGUGGAAACAACUUCUGUGCGACCCAUCGCUACGCGGAGACUCACGAGUGCACUUACGACUACAAGAGCGCCGGCAGGCGGUACUUACAGGAAACCAACCCGGUUGUCAGCGCACCCAAGCUUCCGAAGAUCUGACUUGUUCAGUGCUACCCGUCGCUUUUCUUUAUCAGCCUGUGCUAAAAGAACAAUAAUGAGUAUUUUAACCAGUUUGCUUAAUUGGACCGUGGUCUGGAAAAAGGAAAUUGCCAAUCAGAAGCACACAACUGUUGCUCCGUAUUUAUGUAAACACUAUCGUGGGUUUUUAAGUUUGCCUCUUAAUUCUUUUAGUAAAUUGUCAGUGUGUAAAAAUGAAUGAAUUUCUGGAAGAGGAUUUAUACUGUUAGCAAUUUAAUUUCUGAUGAACACAGAUGUGUUUUUGUUAUUUUGUAUGUAAUGCAGACAGUGCUUCACUUGGCAAAUCAUUCUCAAGAAAUGCACUUUAAGACUUGUCAUUGCUGUUUGACUAAAACUGAGUGUGUGUGUGUCUGUAUGUGUCUGUGUGUGUGCAGGGAGUGGGGAGUUUUUUUUUAAAAGGAGGGCAUGUGUAUUAAUUAGAUUUUUGUGAUAACAUUUUAAGUGCUGUCUGUCCUAACAUUGCAGGUUUUUCUUAAGCAUAUUUAUUUCAUGGUGAAACGUUUGCCUCUGCUGCUGUUACAGAAUUAACAUCACUGAUUGAUGAGUCAGUGUUAACUCUUAGCUCCCACACUGGUUGGUUGUGCAAUAUAUCUGUAGUAUUUUGUUUUCUUUUUCUUUUCAGUUUUAUGCACUGUAUAAAGUUCAUUAAACACUCCCUCACUGGAAACACUCGUGAGACGUUCCAAAACUGUUCCUCCAUCUACGACGAACCAUCAGGAAUUAUUGAUUAAACGAAUCUCACAAUUUUUGAUUUCCAUUGCCAUAUCAAACCGAUUUUGGCAAAGUGAAUCCUGUUUUUUAUUCCCACAGUUUUUUAAACUUCAGAUUCUACACAGUGUUGAUUUUUUUUGCUAUAUAUAUAUAUAUAAAAAAAACUUGGAGUGCUGUUAAUACGAUUCCAAUAAAAAUUGAAUUUAGUACUUUGCUGGUACAAGUUUUUGUAUACAACACACUGGUGAUCCUAAAUGUGCAGGUAACAUCUAUUAAAAAGAAACGUUUGAUUGUUUAAAUUAUUGUA